UUAAGGUACUGCAACACAAGUACGUCCAAUGGAGGAGACCAUGCCUGUGCAACAGAAAGCAGAGCCAGUGGAUAAUAUGCUGGCUACACAAGUGCUGGCACAACAGCUGCCUACCAAUAAGCAUUAUCCUGUACAACAGCCUACCAGCCGCUAUAGAUGGAUCUCUAUUUUCGUUAUACUGUUUAUGAGCUUUUUAAUUCUUUUAAAUGUGAUAUUGUUGCUAAAGCUUUGGAAACUGGAAGAACGUAUUGAUGAUGAUUUGAAUAGUCGUGCACGUAUGCCAAAUCUUGCUGAAUUGAAGGAAUUGCCAAAUACUCCGCAAGAUUGGAUUGAAUUGUUGCGCCAACAGGAAAUUCUGCAUGAAGCGGAACUCAAGAAAUGGUACAAAGUAUUGCAAACUGCCAUUGAUUUGUUGAAAAAGACUGAGAGAACUUUGGCUGAACUCAUGUUUCGUUAACUUGAUCAUUUACAUAUUUACACAAAAACUGAAAAUCCCAAAAGAUAUAAAUGGUUGCUGUUUCGCUUAUAAAAUUUACUGCAAGUGACAACUACAAAAACAAAAUUAUUAUAAUAUAUAAUAAACUAUUAUUCAUUGUUGUAUACGAGUAUGAGUCUAAAAUAUGCUAAGAAGGCUCAUUAGUUCAUUCUUACCGGCAUCACCGGCAUCCUAAAAUGGAUGCGCAUCCGUUCCUUUACAAGUAGUUAAAUUUAUGAAAUUUAUAAAAUUUAUAAAGCUUAUAAAAUUAUAAAUGAGAAACAAAAUCAUUAAAAUCG